GAGUAACAUCACAUUGACCGCUCAUUUCAUUCUCUUGCGACGUCUCGUUGCGGGCGCAAGUAUUUAGUUGAAAAUACACAAAAUUAAUUACACCAAAAUGUUAUUAAAAAGUUUAUUGAUCAUAGUUAUGUUACAAUUAACUUCAGAAACAUAUGGACAAGCGCAAAAAAAGUUUUUUCGUAAAGAUUACACCUUUUUAGAAGAGACUCAGAGUUUUUAUAAAUUUUUCUCAAUUGCUAAAACUUAUCAAGAGGCGGUGACGACGUGUGGCCGACAAGGCGCUACGUUGUUCUACGCUGAGGACAAACGUGAAUUGGACGCAGUGGCGAAAUUUUGGACACAGCCCAGAGAUCAUAUAUUUAUCGGCAUCUCGUCGUUAAUUUCUAAAGGUGUAUUCGCAUCUGUCGAUGGCAGAGCAUUGAUGGAUGUUUACAAUGAUUGGCUACCUGGUGAACCAAACGACGUUAAUGGGGAAGAAAGCUGCAUUGUUAUGAACAAGAAGGGACAAAUGAAUGAUAUAUCUUGCAACCGUAAAUUUCCUUUCAUUUGCAAAAAGACGUUGGCAAGUUUAGAAUGGAACGCACAUUGCCAAACUCCGUAUAAACGCUACAUAGUAAAUGAGGACCUUGGGAGAUGUUACAAGUUCUUUUUGACUCCAAUGAAUUGGACUGAAGCGUUCGCAGUGUGUAACGCAGAGGAAUCCUAUUUGGCGAUCAUCAAUAGCGACGAAGAGGCAAACUUCCUAAAGAAAAUGACUAAAGAUAAUCCAAAGUAUACAGUAAAGGGCAACUAUUUGGCCGGAGUUGUUAUGCUAGGUUUCCACAACCGCGACAGGCAGGGAUGGCUUACUAUUAAAGGUGCCACACUAGAAGACAGCGGGUAUACGCAGUGGGGCUACGCUCAGCCCGACGUGGACGACAAGUAUCUGUGCGGCGCCAUGUUCUACAAUGGAGAACUCACCUACGGCGACUGCUCGCAGCGAAGCUUUUUCAUAUGCGAAAAAGAAUAUAAGUCCGGCUUCGACGAGAGGUUCGGAGACGAAUAAGACUGAUCUCACAGAUAAUAAUAGUUAAUAACUUUUGAGGGAAGGAAAUUUAACAUUUAAGGAGACAGUUUAUGAAUGUAUUUAUGAAAUUCUAACAACGUGUUGUAAAAUUUAUGUUACAAUAGAUAUAAUUUUUGAUCAUAAUAAGGUCAUCAAAUUGUACACAUAAUAGUGUAGACAAUUUUUAACAAUAUAAUGCCAAUAAGUUUAUUUACUGUUAGUACUCGUGUGUCCUGAUGGGUAUGUAGUAUGUACCUUUGUGGUCAAAUAGCAGUGUGAAGUGUAGUGUUUUGGUUUCAAGAACAUUGUGGCCAGUGCAUGUUUACGAGAGAUCUGAUACCUAAUGUCAUAGGUGAAGAAAGCAGCGUAGUGCCAUAAAGUACUUUAUAUUCUAAAAUUAUAGGUGGCGUCGUUACUAUUUGUAAUCGUCGACUUGCUUGUUUUGUAAUUGGCUGUUAAUUUCUAUAACCGAUCCCACUCCAUUUUAGUGAUAAUAAGAAUAUUUCUUUUUAGUUUUACAAAAGACUUAUUCCAUUGAUUUGUUCUAGAUCGGAUCGGAGAUUAAGUUGGGGAUCGUUUAAUGAAAUUGGCCGUUAGUCAUGUAAAAGUAUCGUUAAUUCAUUCAGGAAAAUUAAAAGUACAAGAUUGAUCGACUAGAGAUUUUUUUUUUAUAUAUUUAAAUACUUUUAUUUAGUUUUAAUUAUUCAAUGUACUAUGAUGUUUAACUUUGACUGCAUCUCUAAUUUGUAUUUUUGAUUAAUAAAAAAAAUUGUACAUUUGA